AUGGCCUUUAAAAAAUUCUUCUCACAAAAAAUUUCCUUCCCAACAAAAUCAUUUAAAACAAGAAAAAGAAAAAAACAACGAAAAUCUUCAAAUAAAAAUACAAAUUAUUAUUUUCCAUUUAUUAUUAUUUCACUUUUACUUCUUUCAAUUAUUUUGUUGGCUUAUUCUGUUAUUUUAAUUGCUAAACAGCAAAUUGAAAUAAAUUUACAACAAUCUGAUACUUUACCUCCUUAUAAAAGAUUACUUAGAGAGAAUGUAGAAAAGAAUAACGAGACCAGCUCAAAAUUAAUGGAAUUGUUUAAUGGAACAAAAAUAGUAGAAAGUCUAAAAUGGAUAUCAUCAAAUAUGCACGUUGCCGGUACUGAAGAACAAUUGAAUUUAAUGAAUACACUUGCAGAAAAAUACAAAUCUUUUGGCUUUAAUGUACAAGACUUUGAAUAUUCGAGUGUUUUAUUAAGUUCUCCAGAUUAUUCUUCACCUAAUACUAUACAUGCAUGGAGCGACCGAUAUUUUCGUUGGGAAUUAAUUUCUAGUGGUGUUGGCAGAUUGCCAUUAAACACAACUAUGGACAAUGAAUUAAAACAACAAUUGGAAGACGAUCCAAGAAUUCAUUUGUGGUGGAAUGCUUAUUCUCUUAAUGGUACGGCACUGAGCAAUUUAGUUUACGCUAAUUAUGGGACUAAUGAUGAUUUUGAAUUGUUAAAAAAGUCAAAUAUUUCAAUAUCUGGAAAAAUUGUUUUAAUUCGUUAUGGUGGGAUUUUUCGAGGAGAUAAAGUAUUUAAUGCUGAGAAAAGAGGAGCUGUUGGUGUUAUAUUAUAUUCUGAUCCUGUUGAUUAUGUACUUGGAAAUGAGGCAAAUUUUUAA